AUGUUCCAAGAAGUUGCUAGUCCAUAUACAGAUCAUGCUGAAUUAAAUAUAAAUCUUGAAAGGCUCAAAGAACUAGUCGUGAUGGCAAUCAAGGUUCAUGGACUCCCUUUUUCUAUAGCAACACAAAGAGUUCUUGUAACCUUAGCAGAGAAAGAACUCGAUUAUGAGUUCGUGUAUAUUGAUUUAGCAACUGGCCAGCAGAAGACAGAGGAUUUCGUAAAACUCCAUCCAUUUGGUCAAGUACCAGUCCUUGAAGAUGGUGACUUGACACUCUUUGAAUCAAGGGCAAUAAGUCAAUACAUUGCUCACAGAUAUGCUGAUAAGGGAACCCCACUGAUAGCCCCCGAUCCAAAGAAAAUGGCUAUCCUUUCAGUAUGGACAGAGGUUGAAAGUCAGAGAUUUGAUCCUCAAGCCUACAAACUUGCCUACGAGCUCGUAAUAAAGCCCAUACUCGGCCGUACAACCGACGAAGCCAUUGUCACACAGCACGAAGGCAAACUCGCCGAAGUUCUCGACGUCUACGAAGCGCGCCUCACGCAAUCCAAGUAUUUGGGAGGAGAUUCAUUCACCUUGGCUGAUUUGCAUCACUUGCCAGUUAUUAACUACCUGAUGAGCUCUAAAAUUAAAGCACUUUUCGAUGCACGCCCUCAUGUUAGUGCUUGGUGUGCUGAUAUUCUGACCAGGCCUGCUUGGCAGAAGGUUGCUGCAUUGAUGAAGCAUUGA